UUAAACGCGUGUACAGAUAGUCGGCACGUAGUAUAUAUGAUACUGCUUCGUCCUCAGUUUCAAACCUUUUUUUGUUUCUUCUUUUCUUCAUCCAUCGAUCAGUUACACUCUUUUACAACAAUAGUAAUCUCACACUCUUUAAAGAACCUCAAUCAACCUCUUCAAAUUCCAAUAUCCACCAUCCACCAACUUUCCCCAAACCAAUAAAACUUCCAUCUAUCAAAAUGCAGUUCAACAUCCUCGCCCUUACCAUUGCCGCCAUGGCUUCCGUCGCAGUUGCCACUGAGUAAGUCUUUGCGACUUUGGAAAUCGAGAUCGGACAUUAUUAACAAAUAUUCAUAGGACUGUCACCGUCUACGCUUGCCCAAGUUCCACUGGCCUUUCCGGCUCUGCUGCCACCGCUGGUGCAUCCUCCGGUUCCUCUGCUGGAGAAUCUUCUGGUAUCACCACCGGUGCUGGAUCUUCAUCUGGGGAAUCCUCCGGUCUCAACCCAUCCGGUGUUGCUGCACCCAGUGGCGUUGCUGCCCCAACUGCCUCCUCAGGUGUCGUUACCUCCCCAAGUGGAACCAGCUCGCCAAUUGCUUACGCUACUGGUGCUGCUGGUCACGUCCAAGUUUCCGCUUUCGGAAUGGUUGUUGUUGGUGCCGUUGCUCUUGUAAGUUUUCCUUCCAUAUCCCCUCCUCUUGUAUCCAAACUAACAUACUCAAUCAGUUCAUCUAAAUUCCUUAAUUGAGCAUCGAAUGGCGUCAAGAUCUUUAAUGAUGGCGUCUAUACUUCUUUUCGAUAAUGCGGCCUAAUGACAUACCUUUUCUUCUUUCGUAACUCAGCGACGAGAUACCAGAUAUGUGAUCUACACUUGCGAUCCGCAGGUUAGAUGAUAAUUUGGUUCAAUUAUGGAGCUGCUGGACUUUUACAGAGGGUGGAUGAGGCUUUGACAUCGACUUCUCUCUUGUACAUAUGAUCCUUCAUUGCAAACCUAUUAAAUCAACAAGACUGUCGAUAUGUGCAGGGAUGUGAAUACUAAAAAAUUUAA